CAUCCCAUUAAACUAUAACCAUCACUCUCCAACCCACCACCAUCAUUCAAUUUCUCCGCUUUCUCCCACCGCUUCUUCCAUUACCAUGGCGCCGGCACUGCUCGAUAGAAACGGCAGCACCGGAAGAUCCUUCUGCAGCAGCAGCAACAGAAGGAUCACCCCGUCGACCUCGUCGAUGUCUUCUUCACCACAUUCGAACUACUACGCGAUGACGAUGAUGACCAGGUCAUCAUCGUCGUCAUCGCGUCCCCCUCCCAUUCCGGAGCACUGCUCCGACCACGAAUUCUACGUCAUCAACACCCCGAGCCGGGCAUCAUACUCCUCCGACCAGCAGCUCCUCGUCGUACGAGGAGGAGCUGCUGCGAACAGACACGUGGAGGACAACAGCAGCCACCACUUCGGCGCCAACAAGUACCUCAGAGUCUCCUCAUUCGUCAGGACGAUCCUCAAGGUUUUGUCGUUUCCUUACACCCUCCUCUCCCCUCCAGCCUGUCACUGGCUGUCCUCCUCCGUCCUCGGGACCACCCGUACCGCCGCGGUGUCCCGAGGACGGCCACGUCGUCAGCAGCUCCUCCCCAUUGGGUCCACUGUCGUCAAGACGACGGUGGGCCCACGUCUGGGGAGGAAGGUGACGGGGACGCUGUUCGGGUACCGGAGGGGACACGUCACGUUCGCGGUGCAGGACGGGCCGGGCUCCGACCCGGCCUUGCUCCUCGAGCUGGCCAUGUCGACGGCGACGCUGGUCAAAGAAAUGUCGUCGGGGCUGGUCCGGAUCGCGCUGGAGUGCGACAAGUCGCGGUCGUCGGCGGCGGAGGCGGGAAAGCUGUUCGACGAGGCGGAGUGGAGCAUGUACUGCAACGGGAGGAAGUGCGGGUACGCGGCGGCGCGUCGGUGCUGCAACGCGCUGGACGCGCGCGUGCUGAACACGGUCCGGACGGUUUCGGUCGGGGCCGGGGUGAUUCCUGCCACGUGCGCGCUGGAGGACGGGAAGGGCGGUGGAGGGAAGGAUAGAACGGCGGCGUCGUGCGGGGAAGGGGAGCUGCUGUACAUGAGGGCGAGGUUCGAGCGAGUCGUGGGGAGCCGUGACUCGGAAGCUUUCUACAUGAUGAACCCGGACGGCAGCGGUGGGCCCGAGCUCAGUGUGUUUCUUCUCCGGCUGUGAGAUUAUUGGUCAAAACGAUGACGUACGGGUUUGAUUUUUUAUGUAAUUAAUUAAUUGGGAAGACUUUUUUUUUUGGUAAGAUAAUUGGGAAGACUUUAAAUUAAUUGCGUGUUUUUUUUCUUUUUUAUAAUUUGGAAAGCCGGGGGUUUGGAUAGGUACGUGUAGCGUAUGAUGAUUGAUGAUGGUGUUAUAUAAAUGCGACUUUCGUUUUCUAGUAUUAUAAUAUUUUUCCUAAUGAAUUUCUUUCUUAGUCGAAUCAUUAAUGAAAAAAAUUAAGCUUAAUCUUUUUUUCUUUUCUCUUUCCCCCGCGGUUGUAUUGACUAUUGAGGGAUUUGUGUGGAGAGAGUGGAGUGAUGAUGAUUCUUCAUGAGUAAUCAGGAGGAUUGAUUAUUGGUAAUUAUUAGGCGAUUAGGGAGGACCAUGCGAAUGGAAAAAAUGUCAUGCGUGUAGAUGGUAAUGAAUGCACGCGGCUGCCGCAAUCCAGAUGACCGAAAUCAUUAUUUGGCUCUGCCCGCACCUGCAUGCUCAUUGGAUUGAAUGUUUCCUCAUCUUUGUGACUAGAAAUUAGAAAAAUCGUAUUAUGAGCGGUUCGGUGUUUUGACUCGAGAAAAUUUCGUUUGAAACUUGGUUUGUUUACUAACGAGUCGAGAUCGAUCAAAGUACUCUUUUCCAGCAUGAAACGAUCGUGCGAUGAGCUAACUAUUGAGUCGAUAGCUUGUUGAUAAGCUCAACUCGUGAGCUAGCUAGUUAGCUCACCUCGUUCUGAGCUAUGAGUUGGCCUAAUAGUGUCGCUAGGUAGCUAUAUAUCCACCUCGACUAGUGACUUAUAAAGGAAAUUAUUUACAAAUUAUGAAGGUACUAAUUAUCACAUAUUACAUAACAUGAUAUGCGUAGUUAAAACUUAUGCACUAAACGAUAUAACAAAUGAACUCCAGGUGAUCUCGCAGUUUGAUUCUAAGUCGAUUUCGAAUAAAGCUCGUGAGAUUAU